GUAAUGGAAUAUUUUAAAAGACCUGCAAUAUCUUUAUCGCGUCGUUAAAUCAAUUGCCUAAAAAAAAUGGAUCGAUUGUGACGAUUUGAAAUAUGGGAAGCUAGGGAUAUUUAAAUUCUUUUGUGCAUAUAAAAAUAGAUAAUUUUAAACGCAUACACGUCGUAGAUUGUCCACAGGCAGUUUUUACAUUUCUCCAGGACUAUUGGAUUAGUUUUACAGAGAAGAAAUAGAAAUGGAUAACAUACACUGGACCUAUUUGCUUCCAGCAUUCCUGUUGUUUUUAGAUCGAAUCAGUCUUGGAUCCUGUGACCAUGAUUGCUACAACUAUUAUUAUCUUGAGGAAGACUGCACAGUAUUCUGGAAUGGAGGAAAGAUAGCUGCCAUCGUGGUUGGAUCCAUCGUAGCUAUUCUAAUCAUCGCCGUUAUCAUCGCUGUUAUUUGUGUCAAAUGCUGUAAGACGACAAAACGUGGCUCCGUGAUAAAUCCAGGCGGAGGUAGUGCAAAUCAAGUAACCUUCAACCAAGGUCACAUCAAUCAGCCCCAGACCUUCACCACUGGAUACUCCUAUACAGCGCCAUCUGGCAACUUCUCCCACACCGUUCUCCAAACAUCCACGACGUUUCCUGGUCAGAGUUCGUACAUAGGGGAUGUCCCUCUGCCUCCAACGUAUAACGAUGUUGUGACAAACGGUCCAUACCCCACUAAAUCCUGACAGCAACAAAAUUAAAUAUUAUCAUUUUUUGUGUUUGAUAUAUCCCGCGAUCUAAGCUGCUGUGUGGAUUUUCUCGAACAAAGACCUAUUGUGUGGUUUGAUUCAAAUAUCAUUAUACAUCCAUUACUCAGUAGUUACUAGUAAAUAACUAUAUUGCUUUCCAGUCACAGAAUAAAAUGGGGUUCCAUUGUACAUAGCUUUUUCUUUCAAAAAAGUAUAGUCCAUGAAGCAAAGAUAUAGUUUAUUAGUAUCUUUAAGUCGAAUGCAUUCCCUUCUCUUGUUAGAGUGCUGGAUUCUGAAAUAUUCUUUAUCAUGAACAAAACAUAUUGUUCUUUCAAUGGCAGAACAUGAUUGUCUAUAUCAUGGCUUUGAUUCUGUUCCUCAAACAUUUUUUUUAAUCAUCUAAUAUCAAAACCCAUGCAUAUAUUUGAUAAAGUAAACGUGAACAAUGU